AUGGUGGAGUUAGCCAAAGUCCCAAUUCUAGGAAAUAAUAUUAUCCACGUCGGGUAUAAUAUUCAUGAUCAUUUGGUUGAAACUAUAAUCAAACAUUGUCCUUCUUCAACUUACGUUAUUUGCAAUGAUACGAACUUGAGUAAAGUUCCGUACUACCAACAAUUGGUCCAGGAAUUUGAAGCUGCUUUACCGGAAGGCUCUCGUCUACUUACUUACGUCGUUAAGCCAGGUGAAACAAGUAAGAGUAGACAGACUAAGGCAAAACUAGAAGACUACCUAUUAGUGGAAGGAUGCACCCGUGACACUGUGAUGGUAGCUAUUGGUGGUGGUGUUAUUGGUGACAUGAUUGGGUUCGUUGCUUCUACUUUUAUGAGAGGUGUCCGUGUCGUCCAAGUACCUACAUCCCUAUUAGCAAUGGUCGAUUCAUCCAUCGGUGGUAAAACCGCCAUUGACACUCCAUUGGGUAAGAACUUUAUUGGCGCAUUUUGGCAGCCAAAAUUUGUUCUUGUGGAUAUUAAAUGGUUAGUAACAUUAGCCAAGAGAGAGUUCAUUAAUGGGAUGGCAGAAGUCAUCAAAACUGCUUGUAUUUGGAACGCUGAUGAAUUUGCUAGAUUGGAAUCGAAUGCCUCGUUGUUUUUGAAUGUCGUUAAUGGAGCCAAAAAUGUCAAGGUUACUAAUCAAUUGACGAACGAAAUCGACGAGAUAUCCGACACUGAUAUUGAGUCAAUGUUGGAACAUACCUAUAAAUUAGUUCUUGAAAGUAUUAAGGUCAAAGCGGAAGUUGUAUCAUCAGAUGAGCGUGAAUCUAGUCUGAGAAACCUUUUGAACUUUGGUCAUUCUAUUGGUCACGCUUACGAAGCUAUUCUAACUCCACAGGCAUUACAUGGUGAAUGUGUAUCCAUUGGUAUGGUCAAAGAAGCAGAGCUAUCCCGUUAUUUUGAUAUUCUUUCCCCUACUCAAGUGGCUCGUCUAUCCAAGAUUUUGCUCGCAUACGGUUUGCCUGUUUCGCCCGAUGAGGAAUGGUUCAAAGAACUGACUUUACAUAAAAAAACACCAUUGGACAUCUUGUUGAAGAAAAUGAGUAUCGAUAAGAAAAACGAAGGCUCCAAAAAGAAGGUAGUCAUUCUAGAAAGCAUCGGUAAGUGUUUUGGUGAUUCAGCGCAAUUUGUAAGCGAUGAAGACUUGAGAUUCAUUCUGACAGACGAAACCCUCGUCUACCCUUUUAAGGAUAUCCCUGCCGAUCAAGAGAAAAUUGUUAUUCCUCCUGGUUCUAAAUCUAUCUCUAAUCGUGCCUUAAUCCUCGCUGCUUUGGGUCAAGGCCCAUGUAAGAUCAAAAACUUAUUACAUUCAGAUGAUACUAAACAUAUGUUAACUGCUGUUCACGAACUGAAGGGAGCCACAAUAUCAUGGGAAGAGAAUGGUGAAACAGUGGUGGUGGAAGGCCAUGGUGGUUCCACAUUAUCAGCAUGUGCUGAUCCAUUAUAUUUAGGUAAUGCAGGUACCGCAUCAAGAUUUUUGACGUCCCUAGCUGCUUUAGUUCACUCUACUUCGAACCAAAAGUAUGUUGUUUUGACUGGCAAUGCGAGAAUGCAGCAAAGACCUAUCGCUCCUUUGGUCGAUUCUUUACGCACGAAUGGUACCAAAAUCGAAUACUUGAAUAGUGAAGGUUCUCUUCCAAUCAAAGUGUACACUGACUCAGUUUUCAAAGGUGGUAGAAUUGAACUGGCCGCUACAGUUUCUUCCCAAUACGUUUCCUCUAUUUUAAUGUGUGCUCCAUACGCUGAGGAACCGGUUACCUUGGCUCUUGUCGGUGGUAAACCAAUCUCUAAAUUGUACGUCGAUAUGACGAUAAAAAUGAUGGAGAAGUUCGGUAUCAAUGUCGAGACUUCCACAACCGAACCUUACACUUAUUAUAUUCCAAAAGGUCAUUAUGUCAAUCCAUCAGAAUAUGUUAUUGAAAGUGAUGCCUCCAGUGCUACAUACCCAUUAGCCUUUGCUGCAAUGACUGGUACCACCGUUACAGUUCCCAACAUUGGUUUCGAGUCCUUACAAGGUGAUGCUAGGUUUGCGAGAGAUGUCUUGAAACCUAUGGGCUGUAAAAUAACUCAAACUGCAACCUCAACGACGGUUUCGGGUCCCCCUAGGGGUACAUUGAAGCCAUUGAAGCAUGUUGAUAUGGAGCCAAUGACUGAUGCCUUUUUAACCGCCUGCGUUGUUGCUGCUGUUUCGCAUGACAAUGAUCCAAAUUCAACCAAUACCACCACCAUUGAAGGUAUUGCAAAUCAACGUGUCAAAGAAUGUAACAGAAUAUUGGCAAUGGCCACAGAGCUCGCAAAAUUCGGUGUUGAAACCACGGAAUUACCAGAUGGUAUCCAAGUCCAUGGCUUAAAUUCCAUAGACGAUUUGAAAGUUCCUUCCGACUCUACCGGACCUGUUGGUGUAUGCACAUAUGAUGAUCAUCGUGUCGCCAUGAGUUUCUCACUUCUUGCAGGUAUGGUAAACUCUCAAAACAAGCGUAUCCAAAUCUCCGAACCUGUAAGAUUACUUGAAAGACAUUGCACUGGUAAGACUUGGCCUGGUUGGUGGGAUGUUUUGCAUUCAGAACUGGGCGCUAAAUUGGAUGGUGCAGAGCCUUUAGAGUACUCAUCUAAAAAGAAUUCAAAAAAAAGUGUUGUCAUUAUUGGCAUGAGAGCAGCUGGUAAAACUACCAUAAGUAAAUGGUGUGCAGCAGCCCUGAAUUACAAAUUAGUUGAUUUGGAUGAAUUAUUUGAACAGCAACAUGACAAUAAAAGUGUCAAACAAUUUGUUGUAGAAAAUGGUUGGGAAAAGUUCCGCGAAGAAGAAACAAGGAUUUUCAAAGAAGUUGUUGAAAAUUACGGUGACGAUGGAUAUGUUUUCUCAACCGGUGGUGGUAUUGUUGAAAGUCCAGAGUCUAGGAAUGCUUUAAAAGACUUCGCUUCAUCAGGCGGCUAUGUUUUACACUUACAUAGGGAUAUCGAAGAAACAAUUAUUUUCUUACAAAGCGACCCUUCAAGACCUGCGUAUGUGGAAGAGAUUCGUGAAGUUUGGAACAGAAGAGAGGUGUGGUAUAAGGAAUGCUCCAAUUUCUCUUUCUUUGCGCCUCAUUGCUCGGCAGAAGCCGAGUUUCAAGCUCUAAGAAGGUCUUUCAGUAACUAUAUUGCCACAAUUACUGGUGCUAGACAGGUAAAAAUUCCAAGCAAAAGAUCAGCUUUUGUGUGUUUGACCUUUGAAGAUUUGACUGAGCAGAUCGAAAAUUUGACUCCGAUUUGCUAUGGUUGUGAAGCUGUGGAGGUUAGAGUGGACCAUUUAGCCAAUUAUUCUGCCGAUUUCGUCAGUAAGCAACUGUCUAUACUGCGCAAAGCCACUGAUAGUAUUCCUGUCAUCUUUACUGUACGUACUAAGAUGCAAGGGGGUAACUUUCCAGACGAAGACUUCAAAACUUUGAGGGAACUAUACGGCAUUGCCUUGAAGAAUGGUGUUGAAUUCAUUGACUUAGAACUAACCUUACCUACUGAUAUCCAGUAUGAAGUUAUCAAUAAAAGAGGUAAUACUAAGAUCAUUGGGUCCCACCAUGAUUUCCAAGGAUUAUACUCCUGGGAUGAUGCUGAGUGGGAAAACAGAUUCAAUCAAGCGUUGGCUCUUGAUGUGGAUGUAGUAAAAUUCGUGGGCACCGCUGUUGAUUUUGAAGACAACUUGAGACUAGAAAGGUUCAGAGACACACACAAGGCCAAGCCUUUAAUUGCAAUAAACAUGUCCUCGAAAGGUAGUAUUUCUCGUGUUUUGAAUAAUGUUCUAACACCUGUAACGUCUGAUUUGCUUCCUAACGCUGCGGCCCCUGGCCAAUUGACAAUAACACAAAUCAACAAGAUGUAUACGUCUAUGGGAGGUAUCGAGCCCAAGGAACUUUUUGUCGUUGGAAAACCAAUUAGCCACUCGAGGUCACCAAUUUUACAUAACACCGGUUAUGAAAUCUUAGGUCUACCCCACAAGUUUGAUAAGUUUGAAACUGACUCAGCAGAGUUGGUAAAAGAAAAGCUUUUGCAUGGAAACAAGAACUUUGGUGGUGCCGCCGUCACAAUUCCCUUGAAACUAGAUAUUAUGCAGUACAUGGAUGAAUUGACAGAUGCCGCAAAAGUUAUUGGUGCAGUAAACACUGUGAUACCAAUGGGAAACAAGAAGUUUAGAGGUGACAACACCGAUUGGUUGGGGAUCCGCAACGCCCUGAUCAGCAACGGUGUUCCUGAAUCUGUUGGCCGUACUGCUGGUUUGGUUAUUGGUGCGGGUGGAACUUCUAGAGCUGCUCUUUAUGCCUUGCACAGUUUAGGUUGUAAAAAGAUUUUUAUCAUAAACAGGACAGCCUCAAAAUUGAAGCCAUUGAUAGAAUCUCUUCCUUCUGAGUUCAACAUCAUUGGCAUAGAAAAUACCGAUUCUAUAAAAGAGAUCAAAGAACACGUUGGCGUUGCCGUCAGCUGUAUACCGGCAGACAAACCGUUAGAUGGUGAACUUUUAGGUAAAUUGGAGAGGUUCCUUGUAAAGGGUGCCCAUGCUGCGUUUGUACCAACCUUGUUAGAAGCCGCUUACAAGCCAAGUGUCACUCCUGUCAUGACAAUAUCGCAAGACAAAUAUCAAUGGCACGUUAUCCCUGGUGCUGAAAUGCUCGUUCACCAGGGUGUCGCUCAGUUUGAGAAAUGGACAGGAUUCAAGGCCCCUUUCAAAGCUAUUUUCGAUGCUGUUACAAGAGAAUAA